AUGUUGCUCCUCACCUCGCCUAGCGACAUCUAUGGAGCUGCCAAGAAUGGAUCUACGACCGAGGUGCCUAUAGCAAGGUCUGGCGAUUCUGAUUCUUCCCAUAGGCGUAAAAAGGGAAAGAAAAGUAAAACCUACGACACGUACGAGUCUCCAAUGAAGAGCUACGAGUCCAGUUUCGUUGAGAUGCCAAAGGACUUAUACCAAGCACACUUGCGUCCCGGUGUAAUUUUUAGGAUACACAUGUCGGAAGCCAUCUUGAAAAUGCAAUACAGAAACUACGGAGAAGACAAAGACGAAUCUGUAAUAGAAGCGGACGUGGAGUACCUCCGGCUGACGCGCAAGGUAAUCAACGACGAGAUCACCAAGUUUGAGGACCUGCAGUGGCUGAACAGCUGGUUCUUGAACAGAUCAGAACUUAUUGAAGAGCAUAUGUGCAACACUAGAUAUUAUACAGUCGGUACUCCUCCCACCAUGUUCACGACAACUGAGGAGUACAUGAAGCGUUUGUGCCUGUUCGAUGGUAUUUACAUAGACCACAUACCCUACGUGGUGGGAGAAGACAGCUCCUUGAUGGCGGCAGUCGCGCCCCCAGUUCUUCACUGUGAUGCUGCUACCUGUACAUCAGUACCUUUCAUAGACAGUAUAAUGUUCGACGAACGAUUCUCUCGAACGAACGUGCGUACGAUGACGCGUUGCCAGGCGAGUUGCCGGGCGCACUGCCGCAACGACCCCGACUGCCUCAAGCGGUGUUCGGACCGCUGCCUGCGAUCAGAUUAG